AUGGCCUCGCGUGGAUCCGCCAGCGUCCUCGAGACCAUCCCCCUCAACCACCUCCCCGCCCCGCCCCUCAAGAAGCGCAAGAUAUGCCAUAGUCCUGGGGAUUGGGAGGAUCAGGCUAUCCGUAUUCGGGCCCACGGCGCGUCCCUCUCCGACGACCCCUUCGUCCUAGAACCCAUCGCCCGGAUACCCCGCUCGCGACUCCCCUUCUCCUGGCUAGACGUCAGCCCCGCCCUCUCGCAAAACCAUCUAGGGAGCCUCUUCGUCGCGGACAUCCCCACCCUCGAGGCGCACCCGGACACAGACCCCGCCGUACUCGCCGUGCGAUUGACGUCCGACGACUCGCUAUAUGCAGUGGAACGGGUGAAGCGGGGGAUCUACGCGCUCUCGAAAUUAGCGCGGGGCGUACACGAGCGCGAUAUACAUGUGGUGAAGGGGGGGAACGCCGUGUCGGCCGCCUCGCUCGAUGACCCCACGCGCGUGUCUGCGGGUGUGUGCGAUAGCGCAGAGUGGUGGCAGCUGGCGCAGGUGGAGGAUCCAGUGCGCAGUGUCGAGGAGGAGGGAGCGCGGGCUAGGCCGGGCGUCUCGGUUGUCUUCGGCGGUGUCGACGAUGGGCACCGCGUACGGGAUGGCGUAACGCCAGUAGGUGUGCCUGAGAGCAGGGCGCAGUCUGCGGUGCCGCAGCUGGGGUCAGCGCCGAGCGCCGAGCCUGAUCUCCAGACGUUGACGGGGCCGGAGCUGGAGGCGCAGGCGCUUGGCGGGGUCGAUCCGCAGCUGGCGCCGCAGGAUCUGCUGGAUGGCCUGCGGGAGCAGUACCUGCAGGCGCUGUAUGUCUCCAAGACGUCUGUUGCGUAUUUCGCCAAGGGUCCGUUGGCUCGCUGUCGGGCGGCUUUCCAGCCUGCUGCUCCUGCUGAUCUCAUCGCCUUCUACCGGGAGGCGAUCCUGGCCGCCAAGAAGAUGGACCACAAAUAUCGUGAGACGCUCCCGACGAGCAUUCGAGACGCGCUGCUCAGCGUUUCGGACGGCGACGUCGCGCCGUCUGGCAAAAAGCGCAAGCCCCGGAAGAAGAAGCUAGGCAAGAACGGGCUGUACCCGGAGGAAGAGAAGUUCGUCCACCGAUGGUGGAAGGACCGCGCGUUCGGGGAGCAAGGCGUCCUGAUCGAGACGUCUCGCGACACAGAGGUGAAGAAACACGUUGCUGAUCUACGACUGCGAGAAACCCAGUUGCAGAUCCUCCUCAUCCUAGAGACCUUGGCCCUGGAGGCCGAGGAAGCGAAGAAACCUCGCGACGACGCCGCAGAACCGCCCCCCGCAACGAAAACCAAAAAACCCCAGGAUCUGGCCGUCAUGCUCGAGCUCCACCUCGACCGACUGUGCAUCUGGCAUGCCGUCAGCUUCGAGGACACGGUAGUCGCCGACUCGGCCAAGAACCAGACCAAUCUGGCCGGCAAAAAGGUCGAGAGCGACGCCGUGCGCGACUUCUGCACCGAGGUCAUCAUCCCGUUCUACGCUGCCCGCUUGCCAGACAAAUGCAAGUCGAUCACCCGUAAGCUGGGCGUGUCGAGCACGUCGCCUACGAAGCCACCCGCCAAAAAGGCACCCCCGGGUCCCGGCGGCGACCGCCAUGCACCCCACAAGCACCCACGCCGGUCAUUCCAGCGCGUCCACACCGACACACAGACAACCUCACAAGGACGAACACCCGCACCACCCUCACUGAACAGAACCAACACAGCACCAUCCCAGGUCGACGCGCGGCGCAAUGAAUCCAUAGAACCCCUUCUUCCCAUCCUCAGCACCAGCGCACGCGGCGGGAUCCAAAAGGCGAAGCGGGCCGAAAACCGCGAAGUGGACCUCAACGCGGUGGCGCGCCAGCACGAGUCCAAGCUCCGAAAGGUGCAGCUCCUCGCGGACCAGAAGAAAGAGCUCGACGCUGCUAUCUCCGCCCUCCGCAAGCCCAAUCGUCAGCUCGUCGCAAAGGACAUCGCCAGCGAUGCGGACAAGCGCACUGCCAGUGGCAGGAAGCCGAAGAAUCCCGUCCGCAACCCACUCGGCCAGGGCGUGCAAGUCGCGGCUACACCGAGCAAGAACCGAAAACGGGAUACCAACAUCGACAUGCAAACCCAGCCCGCCGCACCGCGCACACUCACACGUCGUCCUUCCCGCACGCUCAAACAGCCAGCAGGACAAUCUCCAUCCUCCCCCUUCGACUCCGACGCAGACCCAGACGCCGACCCAGACGCAGUCAUCGUCCCCGGCUCAGCCCCCCGAACCAACACCUACGCCCUCUCCAUCCCCUCAAUAUCCAUCUCCAACACAUCGAACAGCAUCCAAGAGACGCCGUUACGGCGAAAAGCCCCCCAACCAUCAUCCCAAACAGAGCAAUCCCCCAGUUUCUCAGGAACCGGAACCGGAACGGGGAACCUCUUCCGUGUCCCUCGCCGACCUGUCCCGCGGUCUACGGACGUGGUGGCGCCUUCCACGCCCGUCUCGGCGCGGUAUGUGGAUAGGUCUGGACGGCCGGGUCUGGGCUCAGCUAUGGCUAUGGGGACGGGGACAGGGACGACGACGGCGAAGAUGGCUUCUGUGUUGGAGACGCCGCCGAGGGUGGCUGCUCCGAUGGGUAUUCCUGGGACGGGGGGGAGGGAUGUCUUGGUUGGGACGCCAGUUAAAGAGACGCCGGUUAAGAUGAGUACUGAGCCGAUGGGAACACCGGUCAAGACGAGGACUGAGCCUGCAGGAACACCGGUUAAGACGAGACCGGAGUCAGCAGGUACACCAGUCAAGACACGAGCCGCACCGCCAGGAACGCCAGUCCGAAAGAGUGUAACUGGGAUGGGCACAUCAUCGAUCGUACCCAUGACGCCGGAGAAGUCGAUCUACGAGCAGCUGGGGUGGGAGGAUGAUGAUGUUGGGUUAUAG